AUGUCCUCGCAGNUCAAGGUUCUUUACACGUUCGAUAACGACAACAAGACGAACUGCCUCGCUCGCUUCCCCGAUAUCCUCCACGUUCCCACCGUACCCAUCGACGAGAACACUCAGAUCGGUGUCAUCGAAUUACGCACGUGUAUUCGCGCCAUCGUUUCGGCCAGUCCUGAACUCGUGUCGCGCCUCACCCAAGGCGACUUCACCAUCUAUGCCUACGACUACUCCGAGUAUGAGACGCCGCUGGUGGGCCAAGGAAUGCUGUCGUCCGUGCUUGCCGCCGCCUCACCCACCCCCACUGCCCCUGCAUAUCAGUCAAAGACUAUGAUCACUGGUCGCGUCUGCAAGAACAUCAUGGGCCUUUUCUCAAACGGUGUCAAGGAGACGUUGGAAGUUAAACUGAGGCUGGUCCCAGUACCCAAGCCCGUCCAGGGUGACUUUCUCAAGAGCAUGGAGAUAUACCGUAACAUCAACCCCGCCAUGUCCGCCGGCUUCGAUCCGAACGCCUGGUCUGCUUCCUUCUCACAAUCUGGUCUGUCUCUCGGAGCUCCCUUCGAAGAAGGCUUGACGCCCACGCAAAUGAGGCAGGACACAGCCGACCACGAUAUGAUGUCCUACCAACGUCCGCGACAGGGUUCCAACGCUAGCUUCAAUGGUCAAAACUCCUUCCCCGGUCCCACCCUAUCAUACAGUAAUCCACCAAGCCGAGUCAACAGCCCCGCCAUGAAUCAAUCUGGGCCUCAAGCAUACCCACCUGAGGACAUCCCCAGGCCAUCAUCAAGGAUGUCGGUACAGAGCGAUAUGCACCACGAGCGCCGAGGAUCUAUGGCUGGAUCCGAGCAGUAUCAAGAGGAGGGACCAGCAAGAAAAAGAGUAAAGGUGACACAGGCCGACUGGCGUGGAAAGUCUGCCUUUGGUGGUCCGUCGGAUUCACUACGUGUCACAGCCAGUACUGCAGCAUCCAUUCGUGUACACAAGCCUGUCGCCAUGCGCCCGGGUAUGAUGGGCAACUCGCUAGAGCCGCCACCCAGAGUCCCGACGCCGGUCCCACAGAUGAACUUGCCUGGCUCUCGUCCCAACGCUGGAAGCAUCCUCCGUCGUGAGUCGUCUCUUGCCAGAGUCCAGACUUACAACUCUCCUUACGACCCCACUCCCAAUUGCCUUGCCCCUCCGUCUGAUUCGGCCAUGAGUUCACCCGAAGAUGCUGCAAACGACCACAAUGGCAUCACACCUUCCGAGUUCCCAUCGUCGCCACCUCUUCUCCCCGAGCCUUCUAGUCCGGGACUGCCAUCGUUCUCCAGACCAGCUGAUUCUGGAUACAUGAGCUCGACAUUUGAAUGCCACGACGAUGACGAAGACAGAUCUGUGUGUGAUGAAGACAUGCAAAUCGCUGCGCAGUACAGGCCUAGAACACAGGCGCCGCCUUCUGGUAUCUCCUUCAUCGAGCAGACACCUGGGCCUCCUGAGUUGCUGCCUACAAGAAUGCAGAUGUCACACAACGGAAAAAUGGACGACGCUGCCGCAGCUCAGGCAGAAUUGUCACGGAAGAAAGCUCGCAAUGCUGUAUUGGCACAAAACUCGCGUAGAAACUCUGUCGCGUUGCCACCUAAAUCACAGUCGAACAAGCCGAGUAUGGCAAGAUCAGCAUCGAUGAUUGUGAGAUCUGAUGCAGCAUCGCCUGCUCCUACUGAAACCAAAGCACCUCGUAGUGGCUCUGGAGCUCAGAGGAAGAAGAACAUCCAGGACAAACUCCAAAAGUCGAUCGAGAAUGGUGAGAUGCCUCCUUUCUGUGGUCACUGCGGUGCUAUUGAAACGCCAACCUGGCGCCAUCUUUUUGUAAAGAUGGUUCAGGGAUGUCCAGAAGACAUGGAUCCUGCAGAGAAUGAGACCGUGACCAUUGGGGUAGAGGUUCUCGAACGAGAUCCUGAAACCCAAAAAUCUAUCAAGUAUCGUAUCAUCAAGUCGAUGCGUAAGACCAAAGAGUCACAAGAUGCAACGGUGGGCUUUGAUACCAUGCAAGUGUGCAAUCGUAAGUCGAGCGAGUACAUAACUUAUGACCACACACUGACAGGAGUAGCUUGCGGCCUCUGGUUCAACAAAUUCAGAGCCAUGAGACCUUCUGACAAGUGGGUCAAGAAGCAAGCAACCAAGAGCAAGAAGCAACAGCGCAAGGCUAUGCCACCUGCCGGUCCAUCGGAGCCGCAAUCUGAUUACUUUGUUGAUCAGCCUUCAGCAUUGUACACUGAUGCUGCUCAACCUGAGGACGAAAGCAACAGCCGAUCUAGUGAGGAGCGCGCGAACGAUGAAACUGUUCCACCCGUCAAUCGUCCGAGGGCAAGUAGUGUGCAAGCCCAGUCCAAGCCUAACGAGAACGAAAAGCAGUGGACCGGUCCUGAACUGGACGCGGCAUUGCAUCGUGCUAUUCAAAGUAGCCCUGCUCGGUUUGUUGGAUCGCAAGAGAGUCCUAUCGAAGUCGAGGCAGAGUUGACACCUAGACCGACUCGUCGCUUGCUGUUCCCUUCUCCACGUGAGAGAAACGGUCAGAUGAAGACACUCGAUGACCUGGCUCUUCCGGGUUCUAAACCUCCAUCGAGCACUAUUGUCGAGAUGGCGUUCGUCGAAGAACCCAACAAGGAGAAUUGCCCACCACAGGAUGAAGAGGACGAUGAUCUCGCACAUCUGUUUGAGUGUUCGCCUAAUGUUUUCAAGACGCCUCGCAAGACUCCCGAGAAGAACGCCACUAAUCAGGACACUCUGCUCAAGACGCCGACACCCUCACGUUCUUCCCUUCGUACUGUAGCGCGUAAUACCCGUACGCCUAGCGGCAAUCAAGGCUCGACAUUCCUGCCCACCUUUAGCUCGGCUGAGGCUAAGAAUCUCUUCCCGACAACUCCGUCGAGAUGGGCGAACUUGUCGUCACCCUCCCGGAACCAGAUGACGCCCUUCACUCGCCAACUGACUCAACUGCUGAGUGAUGCACAUCACGAGGCGCCAUUCCUCAGCCCAGGUCGUCAGUAUGACUUCUCGGAUGCUAUGCCUACCUUCAUGACACCUGGAAGAUCUCUCGACUUCAAUUUCGACGAAUUCGACAUCAUGAAUGUCGAUGUUGGCGCUGCUGUUACCAGCAACCCUACUGACACCACCCUUUCGGCCAUCACCAACGCAACUACCGCUCUGCAUGCGACCACAUCUGUAGACGUCUCUACUGAGCACACAAAUACCACCACCACUAUCACAUGA